CGUCCAGGGUCCCCAGAGGUUGGACAGACGUCUACCUAGGCGUGGAGGCCAGCGGGUCACCCAGAGCCCAGGCGGAGAGGAGCGGAAGUGGGUGGAGCGCCGGACCCCGCAACACCGCCAGGCGCGCAGAUAAAUCACGGACGCAAACUGCACUGACGUUCGGCGCUGGCACCGAGUGCCAAGUGCCGACGCGGACAGCCAAGUUCUGGGAAGAGGAAUCUGAUCCCGGCGAGGCGGCAGCGGUGCCGACUGAAACCCACUCUAGUGGGGGGCGGGAAGGGCGGGGAGCCUGCUCUCCCUGCGGGCGCUUCGGGCACUUACGGAAUUCUUACCUGGCCCGCGCCCAGCCCGAGGAGGCACUGGCAUCUCCGCUUCACAGCUCGAGUAGGUGUCUGCAGGAGUGAACCAAGCACAUUACAAAGCACACGACUUCCCAACUUCGCUAGCUCACCUGCCCCUCCCAGCCAAUCGGGGCCACCAGAAUUGGGACUGUCGCGGGGAGCUGGAGGGAGAUGCUGCCGGCUGGAGGCUGAGCCGCCCUCCCAGCCGAGUUCCCACCGGGCCCGCCCCAGCCGCGAGUCCAAGGCGCAGGCUGCGCGCCCCGCGACCCUUCGGCGCCGCGCUUCACGCCCCUCGCGCUUUCGGGCAGCGGGUCCUGGCCCGGGCGGCUCGGAGCCUCUGCGGACUGGAACGCGCCCCGACGGCGCCCGAAGCCGCGCGCCGACGCCGCCUCCCCGCAGCCCUCCGUCGCGCGCCCGCCCUCGCCGGAAGCCCCCAGUCUGUGCCGGCCCCGGGCAGCCCCGCGGAGGCAGGAUGUUCACGUCCAAGUCCAACUCGGUGUCGCCCUCGCCGUCCCUGGAGCAGACUGACUCGGACGCGCUGGACAUCAGCACCAAAGUGCAGCUCUACGGUGUACUGUGGAAGCGGCCUUUCGGGAGGCCGUCGGCCAAGUGGUCCCGGCGGGGCUACCAAAGGGGAAAGGAAUCAAAACCUUACUUAGAAGAGAGAAGAGAACCUGGGAGAAGUGACUAGAGGGUUUUUCAUCAUCAAAGAGAGCUUUCUUCUUUACUACUCUGAGAGCGAGAAAAAGAACUUUGAAAGCAAUAAAUACUUCAAUAUACAUCCUAAGGGCGUCAUCCCCCUAGGAGGCUGCCUGGUGGAGGCCAGGGAGGAGCCCAGCAUGCCCUAUGCCAUGAAAAUCUCCCACCAGGACUUCCAUGGCAACAUCUUGCUGGCUGCUGAGUCCGAGUUUGAGCAGACCCAGUGGCUGGAGAUGCUACAGGAGUCCGGGAAGGUGACUUGGAAGAAUGCCCAGCUGGGAGAAGCCAUGAUCAAAAGCCUGGAGGCCCAGGGGCUGCAGUUGGCCAAGGAGAAGCAGGAGUAUUUAGACAAGCUGAUGGAGGAGACGGAAGAACUCUGCCUUCAGAGGGAGCAGAGAGAGGAGCUUGAACGCCUGAACCAGGUGCUGGAAGCCGAGAAGCAGCAGUUUGAGGAGGUGGUGCAGGAGCUGAAAAUGGAGCAGGAGCAGAUCAAAAGGGAGCUCGAGCUGACAGCAAGAUGCCUCAAGGGUGUGGAGCAAGAGAAGAAGGAGCUGAGGCACCUCACAGAGUCCCUGCAGCAGACGCUGGAGGAACUCUCCAUAGAGAAGAAGAAAACCCUGGCGAUGCUGGAGGAGAAUGAGAACCAGCUGCAGACACUGGCCAAUCAGAGUGAGCAGCCCCCUCCCAGUGGGUGUCUCCACAGCAACCUGAGGCAGAUAGAGGAGAAGAUGCAGCAGCUCUUGGAAGAGAAGCUUCUGGCUGAGAAGCGGAUGAAGGAGAACGAGGAGCGCUCUCGGGCCCUGGAGGAAGAGCGGGAGUUCUACUCGACCCAGUCCCAGGCCCUGCAGAACUCGCUGCAGGAGCUGACCGCAGAGAAGCAGCAGGCCGAGCGGGAGCUCAAGGCCGAGGUGAAGGUCCGCAUGGACCUGGAGAGGCGUCUGCGGGAGGCAGAGGGGGCCUUGCGGAGCCUGGAACAGGGGCUCAACUCCAAGGUGCGGAACAAAGAGAAGGAGGAGAGGAUGCGGGCUGACGUGAGCCACCUGAAAAGGUUCUUCGAGGAGUGCAUCCGGAACGCGGAGCUGGAGGCCAAGAUGCCGGUCAUCAUGAAGAACUCCGUGUACAUCCACAAGGCGGCCACUCGCCGCAUCAAGAGCUGCCGCUUCCACCGGCGCCGCUCCAGCACCUCCUGGAAUGACAUGAAGCCGUCCCAGUCUUUCAUGACCUCCCAGCUGGAUGCCAACAACAUGGAGGAGCUAAAGGAGGUGGCCAAGCGGCUCAGCCGGGACCAGCGCUUCCGAGAAUCCAUCUACCACAUCAUGGCAAACCAACCAGGAGCGCCGUCUGUGGCUCCGCGGGGUGGGAAGUGAUGAGGGGGUC